UGAAAAAUAGGCCACGCGCACGCGCAGCAUGCAUGUGCUACAAUCGUGUGUCGUUUUGUGACUGCGUGAGUGUCUGGUGAAUUUCUGGCACCAUGGUUUCCCCGGAUUCGUCGAAAAAGAAGGUUGCGAAUCUCCGAGUGCAAGAUCUGAAGUUAGAAUUGGAAAAAAGAGGUCUUGAUAACAAAGGAGUAAAAGCAGUGCUUCUUGAAAGAUUACAAAAGGCCCUGACUGAGAAUGGAGAGGAUCCCAAUGAGAUUGUGUUUGAAACUCCAGCCACCCCAAAGGCAGCUGCUGCAAAGAAACCACCCGCAAGAAAGAGAACAUCGAAAGGAAAGUCGGGGGAGGAUGAGGGAGAGUCGGAUGAAGAUAUGGAGGAAGGAUUAGAAGGUUUGGAAGGUUUGGGAGGAGACGGCAUGGUGGUGGACGAAGUGACUGAUGACAUGGAGACUAGUCAGGAAGAAGGUACCAGUAAGGGGGAGGACAUUGACUUGGACGUCAUCUUAGGAAGCCACGAGGAUGACGACGAAGACGUUUUGAACAUAAGUCUGGAGGAAGACCAAUUCUUCACCGAAGAGGAAAGCGAGGGAUUUGCUCUUGAAGGUGAAAAAGCAAGUAGCAAUCAGGAUGAAAAAAUGGAAGCAGAGGAUUCCUCAGCCCCCGAAGCGGAAGACUCCAAAGAAGCCGGCAAGGAGGAUUCUUUCUCACAAGAUACUUCUUUAGAUACCAAAGGGGAGGGUAGCGAGUCGUUAGUAGUCCAUGUUGAUGAGCCGUUCAUGUCGGAGCUCGACGAAGAGCUGGCCGAGACCGCCACCUCAAAGAAGUCCGAAGAUGCCGAGGCUGCAACCCCAGCCAACGAUAACAAGUCGGCCGAAGCCAAAGUUGAUGGGCAGAAGGAGAAAGGGGAAUCCGAGCCACCAGAAAAGGCCGACAAGAGUGAUAAGAGUCCAGCAGGCGACGCCAAAAAAGAUGACAAGGGCGAGGAGAAGGUUAGCCCUGCUAAGGCGGCCGCUGCCGGCAAGGAAUCGGCCUCGGACAAGAAAGCCACCACCUCGGCAGGAGCUGCAAACUCACGCAGCAAAAGCUCGAGCUCUUCAGGACGGUCCCCAACCUCCAAGGAUGACAAAGAUCGGCGUGGCUCAGGAUCCUCGCGGCCAGGCUCUGGCAGCUCAGGGACUACCUCUGGUCGUAACCUUUGGGUGAGCAACCUGUCCAGGAACACGCGUGCGGCAGACCUAAAGGCCUCCUUCAGCAAGUAUGGCAAGGUGGUCGGUGCCAAGGUAGUGACCAAUGCCAGAGGGCCCAGGGCCUUCUGCUAUGGCUUUGUGUCCAUGUCCUCCAGCUCUGAGGCGGCUAAGGCCAUCAACCAUCUGCACCGCACCGAGCUCCACGGACGCACCAUUCAUGUUGAAAGGGCACGUUCCAACAUGAUACCUGUUGCAUCGACAUCAGGAGUGUCCGGGCGCAAGAAGGAGCCAUCCCCGGAGAACAAGGAUAAAAAGCCUGCCGAGAAGGCCGAGACUAAAGAGGUGAAGAGCACUGGAGAGACCAAGAAAGAUGAGAAAGCACCUGCAGCUGCAGCGGCUGUGGAGGCCCCUGAAAGCAAGGAGGAGAAGACCACGACACCCGCUGCAAAGAAAGAUGGGGAGGUUACAACAGAGGGUGCUAAACAGGAAGACAGCAAAGAUGACAAAGAGGGAGCGGAUGCAUCAAAGGAGACAGAUGACCAAGCAGCAAGUGGUGCACAACCUGAAAGCAAGGCUGAAUCCUCAGAUAAGAAAGAUGGCGACAAAGACGAAGCACGUCCCCGUAGUUCCCGAUCCAGCACCAGCGACAAAGACAAGCAAGACUCCAAAGACCGGAAGGACAUCUUGUCUCUUGACAAGAUCAAGGAGCAGCGCAUGCGAGAGAGACAGCGCAAGCGGGAGCGAGACCAGCGUGAGAUGGAGCGACGCAGGGAGCGGGAGCGCCAGGAUGCCCUCAGAAGGGAGAGGGAGAUGAUUCGACGGCACCAGCGAGAUCAAGAGGAGCAGCUUCGUCGCCAGCGGGAGCAGCUGCGCAUUGCGCAGGAGCAAGAGAAGCUGGAACGCCAGAGCAUCGAGUGGGAAAGGAUAAAACUGCAGCAGGAGCGGGAAAAUCUGCAGCGAGAGCUGGAACAACACCGACAGAUGGAGAUGCAGCUACGGUUAGCUGCUGAGCGCCAGGCAACCCUGAAGAGGUCUCUCGACACGAGAAAUAUGGCAACGCGAGAUGUGGAUCCUUAUGUUGGCGAUCAGAAGCGCAGGGCGCCAGCUGGGCCGCAGGGUAGAGGGGAUUUCAGCAACAACGGUCCCAACAGGGGAGGCAUGGCCAUUAGCACACAUGUGGUUAAUCCAGAGAGGCCACCUGAUAGGUUCAAUCGACGAGAUACCAGGCAGAUGGAUUCGGGGCCACGUCGUGAUAACGCACCUCAGCCAAACAAGUUCUCUGGGCCGCCGCCAAGACGCAAUGACCAAGUAAGAAGAGAUGACGGACGCCGUGAAGAUGUCCGUCAGCGUCCCCAAACCAAGAAUGAGCCAAUGAAACGAGAUGACCAGCCUCGCCGCAGUGGUCCAGCCCAACGACGUGAUGAACCACCUGCACCUCAACAUCAAAGACGUGGAUCUGACACCUUCAGACGGGAUGAUGGGAUGAAACGCCGUGAUCAGCCAGAAAGGAGAAUGGAUACAUCUCAUCAGCGACAACCUCCAAGAGCAGAGGCGAGGAGAGAUUCUCGAGGGGACGGCAACAUGAGAGAUGACCGUCGAGGACCUCCUGCAAACCAGGGUGACCGCUACCAAGGGGGCCAGGGGCAGUCCAGGGGUGGCAAUGCACCCACCUACGGUACCAGAGAUGGUGGCCAUCCCAGCAGUGCUCGUGACAGCCAUCGGGAUCGUGACAGAGAUAUUGAUAGAGGAGAUAGGCCUCGUGACUCCUCUCAUCAGGGUCAGUCAAAAAUGGGAGGAUCUCAUGGAGGGGAUUCCCGCACCAAUUGGAAGGGAGGUCGUGAUUCAGGCAUGUCAGGCCAGGGUGGCCGAUCUUCAGAUUGGAAGUCCAACCAGCGUGGUGGAGACCGCUCUUACGAUCGCGACAACCGUUCCCAGAAUUACGAUCGUGGGCAGGGCGGCAAUAGUUGGGGUGGUGAUGGCCGUUCAGGGGGCCGAGAGGAUCAUAUGAUGAGGAGCUCAGAUAACCCUCAGCGUGGCAGUCUGCUUGGCACACCACCCAUUCAAGAUUCCAACUGGGGCUCGGGCAACAUGGAUGCCCCAAUGAGUCGUGGGUCUGGAUCACUUGUGGCGGGCAACUCUCACAUCUCCAGCCUUAUGAAUCAGAGCCAGCCCAUCAGCUCACUGCUUAACACCCCGUCGAUGUCCGGCCCGUUCAUCAGCGGUGGAACCGUCAGUGGUGGUCUAGGGGGUGGAGUUGGCAUGAUACAGCAGGUGCCCAUGGGGGGUGGAGCUGGCAGCUCUUACAUGGGUAAUCAAAUGAGUGUAGGAGGCUCCAGUGGUGGGGGGUCUAUGGACCGCCAUCGAUCCUCGCAGAACGACGGCCGUUUUGCCAUGCGUCGCUACUAAAAAAAAACCAAACAAACAAAGCAGCGAAGCUUUCUUAGAUCUGUCAGAAUAAUGUUUUUAACCAGUCGUUAUUAUUUUUUUGAUUUAGUAUUGUAAAAGUAUUUCUCUGAAAAUCAUUUUGUAGUGUCUUUGAUGGUGAUAUUGUUAAUCAUCAUAGCAUCAUCAAGCUGUUAUGACUUUUGACCAAGUGAUACUAAAAAAUCUACAUGUAGCCCCUGACAAUGUUUGUAACUUUGUUUUCACAUCGUUGUUAGUUUUAAUGAACCUGUGUACAUUUUUAACUACUUUAUAAAGCAAGGCAAAGCACAAUGAACCGUCUUUUCUUUAAUUGUUUUUUAAUGUAAAAUGGAAUUGAUGUAAGUGAAGUUAAGUGUAGUGCCUAUAAAAAUGAAAACUUUUCACCUAGAUUUAUCACACAGUUUUUUGGCUAAAUUUAGUCAUACGGUGAAUGUUAAUAAUUCCUUUGUAGAUGGAGAAAAAGAAAGUUAUGUUUCACUUUUUAAAGUCGCAUCAAAGCAAUUACCUUCUAUGUAAACAUUCGGGUUUGCUGUUUAAAACUUUUGAAAAAUACGUGUACAAAAUGAAGUAAGGAAAUUAGGAUUGGAAAAUGUUAUAGACUUGUUACUGUUAAUCUGUUCGCUCGGAAUAUUUCAAGAUUAUUACAAGUUUGUGGUUUCACCGAACUUCAAAGGCAUAAAACUGUGACUUGUUUCACUUUUGUCCAAAAACCUGUAUCAAAGUUUUAAUUCAAGCCUUUUAGAAACUAACCAUAAUAGUUAACGGGAGUUGAAAGUUAUAAAAUGUUGAAAAAGUAUAAGGUUUAAAUUUGCUUUAAAUUUUACAAGAUUGUUCUUUUUUCUUAAGUUUCAUAGUGGAUGUUAAGCCUGUGUAAGUUACAUAGUUGUACUUGACUCUUGGAUGCUUGUACAAAAAACGUAAUUUUUGAUGAUUUCUUGUUUGUGGAGUCACAUUCACAUUUAGGGAGUCUGUACUUUCCAGCAGUAUGAUAUAUGCAUGUACAUUUUAAUUUUGUGGGGAGAAAAUGUCAAGUUCAGCAUUGUACAGAUUUUCAAAGGUUCUUCAUUUUUUUUAAUUUUGAAGAUGAUUCAUUCUUUUGUUUGACACUUGUCCGGCUUUUGUUUUGAUUGUUCUUUUUUCUCGUUGGAAUCAAUAUUUGAUUAAUCAUGUACCUGUACAGACACAUCGAUGGAGCAGUUGAAUUUCAUUGGAAGAUGUACGUUGUUUCUUUCAAGUUUUAAGUGAGACAUAAAAGGUGUUAAUUGGUUACAUGUAUUGAUUUUGCUUUCUUGGAUGUAGGCUUGUGAAAAUAAAGAGCUUUUCAGAGAAAUUAAAA